CUCACGCACACCACGACAACAGACGGUGUGCUACCACAGCUGUAGCGGAGCAGUAAUGCAAAACGGACGAGUUGCAACGCUCCGUGGUUUAGCUCUCUCACUCACUUACACAAAACACAACAAUCGAGUUGGUUCACUUUCGUCCGUGCUAAUCAGGCUAAUUUUUACAACCUGACCAACCAUCCAGAUCAUUUCAUUCUCAACAAAACAGGAAUGUGCUCCUGUUGGUGUCUCGUGGUGUCCCGUUUAAAUGGUCUGUGGUGCGUGUUUUAGCAGUAUUCCCAUGUUUUCACCAUCGCUCAGCUGCAUCUACAACAGUCUGUCUCUUCGGGCCACAAAGUCGUUCAGUUUCGCGUGGUGUUGAAACGUUGUCUUUUUUUUUCUAAAGACCGCGGCUAUUUGCUAUGAGGGCUCCAUGGUGCUAACGUGUCAACAAUUGCAAGCUUAACAGAUCCCCCACAGCAAACAUGUUUCCUUUCUCGUGAGUGAUUUACAGUGACGCGACACACACAGCAACCAACCGUAAACUACUUUUUCACACCAAAGUUUUCCCUCUUCAAAGUGUACGCUUUUCUUCGCGAACGUCGUCGGUACGCAAGUGGGAGAAAAAAUAUUUCACGCAACGACGGUUUCUGUGUACCACUGUACUGUAACCACCCGUGUUGUUGACUUACGUACCUAGAUGUUGUGUGUUUACCGUUGAGUGAAUAAAGGCAAAAAGUAGGAUCGAAGCAAUCGCACAGCAAAAGCGUACCAGCAAACCGGUUCUGAAAGGGCGGAAGUGAAGCUAAAUAGAAUCAUUCCUUGGCUUCGUUACGGAAGCGAAAGUGUGUCCGUUUAUUAGUGUUUGUGUAUGGGUGUGCGGUUGUGAUAAACGUGAGGAAGUGGAAAAUUUUGGGCCGGAAGCAAGAAAAACCCUGGGAGAUUUGAUUGUUACAUUAAGGAAACAGUGUAAAUAGAGUAUUCAAACAAGAAUCAAAACACAUCCAAGCUAUCUAUUCUCCACUGUAAGUCCAAGGAACCGAGCAGAUUAACUUCAAAAGCAUGGUGCAAAAGUAUGAUUCUCCCGUCAGGAUUUACAAAUAUCCUUUCGAGCUGGUUGUGGCGGCCUAUGAACGUCGCUUCCCCACCUGUCCACAGAUGCCGAUCGUGCUGGACUGCGAGAUAAUCGAGGACAAUCUGUACGACAAGGGAGCGCGUCGGGAUACGAAGCGACGUUGCAAAAUAGCCGUCGAGGCGCCCUACCUCAUCAAGAAGAUCAUCGGUGUCGAUGUGGUGUUUUUCAUCCAGAAGAACUUCCUCGACAUGAAAACUCGCACGCUAAACAUCGAGGCAACGAACGAAUCGUUCGCCACGCGAGUGGAAAUCUUCGAAAAGUGUCGCUACUAUGCGCACCCGGAAAAUCCCGACUGGACAUGCUUCGACCAGACGGCCACGCUGGAUAUCAAGAACUUUUUCGGCAUCGAACAUUCGAUGGAAAAAAUGGGAAUGAAGCAGUACACCCAGACAACGCUCAAAGGCAAAGAAAUUAUUGAGUAUUUUGUUAACGAGCUCAAGCAGGAAGGUAUCACGCAUGUGGAAAGAUGGGUCGAUGAAGAGAUGGAAAAUUCGACCACUGCCGCAGUUACUAAUGUAACACCACCCGAAAAGCCACCACUGUUGCGCGAUAAUUCCAUUCUAGACGCUGACUAUAUCGCCAAAUAUCUCGGCCAGUUGACACCUUUGCAGGAAUCGAAGCUGAUACAGUUGCGCAAACGCUUCGAACACGGUACGUCCGAACAUCCGGAACCGGACUAUCAGACACUGUUGCGGUUUUUGCGCGCGCGCGAUUUUAGCAUCGAUAAGGCAACGGGAAUGCUGCAGGAAUCAUUGCAAUGGCGCAAGGAGCACCGUAUCGACGACAUUCUUGGCGAGUACAAAACACCGGCCGUGGUGGAAAAGUACUUCCCGGGCGGUUGGCACCACCACGAUAAGGAUGGCCGACCUUUGUACAUUCUUCGGCUCGGUACGAUGGACGUCAAAGGAUUGCUAAAGUCGGUCGGUGAGGAUGAGCUGCUCAAAUUGACGCUGCAUAUUUGCGAGGAAGGGCUGAAGUUGAUGAAGGAAGCGACCAAGCUGUUUGGCAAACCGAUCUGGAACUGGUGCCUGCUGGUCGACCUCGACGGGCUCUCGAUGCGCCAUCUGUGGCGUCCGGGAGUUAAAGCCCUGCUGCGCAUUAUCGAAACGGUCGAGAAAAACUACCCGGAAACAAUGGGGCGUGUGCUAAUUGUGCGGGCACCGCGUGUUUUUCCCGUCCUGUGGACCAUCGUUAGCACCUUCAUCGACGAAAACACACGUUCCAAGUUUCUAUUCUUCGGUGGUCCCGAUUGUAUGCACGCCGAAGAUGGUAUUGAGCAGUACAUCGAUACGGACAAGAUUCCCAGCUUUUUAGGCGGAUCGUGCAAUCCCAGCAUACUGACGGUGGUGGAACCGGUACCGGCUAAACUAUACACCCGCUGCUUUCUGAGCGCGUGUCAUUGUACAUUAAUCCAUGAAGGUGGUUUGGUGCCGAAACAUCUCUACAAAUCGGAAUCGAUCGAAGAAAACAACGGCGCAAUCCAUGCGCACGAUCAUCACGGUCUUUACAAAGCGGUUGAUCUAAAGCCCGGCCAACUGUUCGAGCUGCUCAUACGCAACACGGACCCGAAGAGCGUUCUCACGUGGGACUUUGAGGUGUUGAAAAAUGAUACGCUUUUUGCUGUUUAUCACACCGAAAAGGAACUGGAGCAAAGCGGAAACGAUGACUUUUCCUCGGUGUUUGAUUUGCCCGAUUUGAAGGAAGGAACUAAUUAUAAGAAAAUCGAGCAAAGUGUAAAAUGCCGACCAAAGGAAGGCGUUCAGGGUUCACACGAAAUGGCAUCCACUGGCACGUACGUGCUGCAAUGGAUGUGUCCACCGUCUUGUGACGGUCCUGCUCAACUGAUGUAUUUCCACGAAAUUCUCAGCUCAGCGAACUACAAAGGUUCGAUGACUAGUCUACAGUCGGGAUUCUCCUCAAACAGCUUACAAUCUCGAUGAUGAACGUAUGAGACUGAACGGGGACUGAAUAUGACCUCGUCGCCGGCUGCCACAGUUGCCCAAUCAAAGGCGGGAGAGUGUUCCCACACGUUUAUUAGCAACGCGUCGACAUCGCAUCAGCCUGCCGAUGCACCGUAGCAUAUACGAACCCAAUCCAAUCCAAAACACGAAUCUCUUAUGCAAGCUGCAAACUGCUACGUAAUCUCUUCAAGAAGUCAAAGCUACCGUGCAAAAGCAAUCACACAGGUUUAGUUUCACUACUAAUGUUCGGAAGGUUGUAUACAUGGAAACUGAAAAGCAACAUUCAUUGGAAUCGAAUAUUAAUUACGAAAAUACAAAGUUUGUGCGUGUACAUUAAAAAGGUUAAAGAGAUCUGCAAAAAAGUAUCAUUCAUACACCGGCUAUCGGCACGAUGAAAUGCAACAUAAGAGAGUGAAGCAUAAUCAAUUAAUAGGAUAAUAGAACAAACAAUCACUGAACUGGUGGAAGAAAAAAAAACAACGGAUCUCGGAGUAGAUAUGUAAGAUUGUGUAAAGAUAUGUUUUUGGCGCAAACAAACAGGAAAAACAAGAAUAACUAAACCAACUAUAUACUAAAUGGAUCUUAAAGAUGCUACUUCCCUGCCGUCCUUUCUCAAGUAGGCUGAGCGUGUGUGUCCCUAUGUGAAAAGGACAAUAAAUAGUAGGAAUUUUACUGAACAAUACGUACGGUGGAGGCGCAGCAAUUAUGCAGUGCAGUUGCAACGGACGCGUAUGGUCGCAUCCAGAGUACGUAGCAAAGUAACGAAAUACACACCAUUUACACGCAGGUAUUAAGGAAGAAGCGAUGGAAAACAAGGUAGGUGAGAUUGAAAAAUUGAAUUUUUAAAACCAAACAUUGCACCAGAUAGUAAGAUAUACCUGUAUUGAUAUAAGGCUUAAAAACAAAUACAGCUUCAAUGUGUGCCGUAGUUGAAAAAAGGCUUUCAUAUACAUACAUACAAACGCACAGCAAAACAUAGUACCAAAUCCAUUUGUUUUUGGUUCAUCGUUACGAAAGGAUUCCAGCUAAAGAUGGUUAGAAACUUAGUGUGGGUCAGAAUUUUACGCAGCUUACGGGACAGUGAACAGCAAAACAAAAAACCAAAAUCUGACUUUUUCGUACGGAUUUAUCACGCAACGUUUUCGCGGGAAAAGGAUAUGGAAGGAAAUAGGUUAGGUAGUAACAAUUUUAUUUGAAAACAAAACACAUAUAAUAAUCACCGCCACAUAUUAUCAUCACACACUGUGUGUUACCCAUUUUUAAAGGUAUAAAACAUUCGUAUCAUUGCUGGUUAAUGACGAAGUUGGGUAGAAUAAGCAAAUGGUGAUAUAAGUACGGGCGUAAAUCAUUUCCCCUUUGUAUUGUAGUAAACAGAACCGAGGUUUAGCGAAACCAGAUUUUUAUUUACGAGCUAUGGUUUAACGAUCAUUUUAAUGCGUAAUGUAAUGUUUGCGUUCGAUGUGACUUUUGACUAUUUUUAACUAGAUAUGUAUAUUCCACACAAUCGUGGUGUGAAACAGUUUCAUCAAUACGUCACCGCCGCAAAUGUAUUGCUCGAAGUCUGAUAAAGUAUGAAACUGUACAAGGUAAUAUAUACGUGCGCGGUUAUAAUAAUUUGACUGUAGUUUUGGCUCUGUUUGUGCAAAAAAAAAAUAUUAUAAAUAUUAUAAACUACAAAACAUGAUUAUGCAAUUCAUACGCCUAUACAUUUGAUGGAGACGCCAGGUGAAUCAUGGCUAUAGCAAUUAGUACGAUCGUCGUGUGUGUAAUGAAGCUGUGUUUGUUAGUAGAGGAGCGGAUAGAGUGAAAUACAAUUUUGCCGCAAUUAUGUUAAAAAAGAAAAUAGAAUCCCUGUUUGUCCCCUGUGCAUAGUUUGUUAAUAAAGUAGCGUUUUUUUCUUAAACAAAACAAAAAAAAACAAUGAAAGCAAAAAUUCCAACAACCACAUACGAUUUGCAAGCGUGUGACCUGAUAUGCAACAAAAAAUACAUUUAGAACGCUUUUUCCCGUACAGCAGAGCCAUUGUGUAUGGAAGUGUUUGUUAGAUUUGCAGUUCCCUAUUCGUUCUUUUGGGGAUUUUUGUUUUCCAAAUGCACAUUUAUUGCGUUAAAAAAGGAAUAAUAACAAAAAAAACUCAAAGCCAUGGCUAGUGUAGUGCACUACACGUUUUUUUUUGCAAACGGCGAACAAAGUGAUAGCAAAUUGUCAUCCAACAGUAGUAGCAGCAGCAACAGACAGUAGAAACAGGUGGAAAUAAACGAUGGUACAGAAAAUCAUACAUAUUGGCCCCAUUGUUGAUUGGUGGUGGCAAAUCAAUUUAUAGCUCAGUGCAAAGUAGUGUUAAUGGAAUGAACCGGUUUGUCACACUGUCCGUGUGUUGUGUCUAGUGCGAAUGAUACAAAAAUGCACACAAUACACAAUUUGUGGAAGUAUUUGCAUUGUCGACACACCUUGCAAUAAAUAAAGAUAUGUAAUUAAAAUGCAAAA